AUGACAGUCGCACCACCCUUCGUAAAUUCCUGGUCGAAGAGCGUCACCACUCCCGCCGCCCUUGCCAUUGUUCUCUUUCUUCGUGGUGGAAGUCAUAAGGAUAGGCUUCAAGCAAGGUGUCCCUUCUUCCACAUGUUUUAUCGCUCUAUCACAGGGAAAUACACGGAGAGUCAAUUGGGUUAUGCGCAUCAUAUGUGCACCAUAUGGAGACGGUCCGGGUUUGAUAUUCUCAUUCGCAGGUUCGCGGGCCCCUUAUCUCUUAUGACAAUGCUUGUUAAACCUCGAGUGUCGCUAGAGACCGACGACAUGCUUCCCGUUUGGUUCUGGUAG